UUUAAUAUUGGGCCUGUGGAUGAGGCAUCCUGAGGGAGAAAAAAGUCGGGAGAGAGAGGAAAAGAUAUCUACCUUAGGGAAGAACAUCUUAGAGAGGGAGGGAAGGAGAGGACGGGUAGGAGCGUGUGCAUAAGUGUAAGAGACACUUAUUCUCUUAACUACUUGGAGACAGACACACUUUCCUGGCCCGACUCAAAGAAAGAGAGGGGAAAAACAGGGGGAAGAUUUGUUUUUCCUUUUUUUUUAUUUGAUCAGAUAUUUAAAUUUUACCUUCAUUCAACAAUUAAACUACUCUGAAAGCUCCUCAUCCUGGAAACCCUUCUUCACUGCCAGCUGGAAGUUCUGUGUAUUGAUCAGCUUACACACACUUGACAAGGCUUACCUCAUGGAUUUGUAUCUGAUUGGAUAUUUGCUGUGUGUGUGGUUGUCCAGCUCACGAGCGCUCGGAGGCUAUCCCAUCUGGUGGUCGCUGGCUCUGGGGCAGCAGUACUCGUCCCUGGGCUCCCAAUCCAUCUUGUGUGGCUCCAUCCCCGGCUUGGUGCCCAAGCAGCUCCGCUUCUGUCGCAACUACAUCGAGAUCAUGCCCAGUGUCGCUGAGGGUGUCAAACUAGGUAUCCAGGAAUGUCAGCACCAGUUCAGGGGACGUCGGUGGAACUGUACCACCAUCAAGGACAAUCUCGCCAUCUUUGGACCCGUGCUGGAUAAAGCUACAAGAGAGUCUGCGUUCGUCCAUGCAAUAGCCUCUGCAGGCGUUGCCUUUGCAGUGACGCGAUUCUGCGCCGAGGGCACUUCCAACAUGUGUGGCUGCGACUCCCACCACAAGGGGCCACCGGGCGAGGGCUGGAAGUGGGGCGGCUGCAGCGAGGACGCAGAGUUCGGGGUGCUGGUGUCCAGGGAGUUUGCAGACGCCAUGGAGAACAGACCGGAUGCCCGGUCUGCAAUGAACCGCCACAACAACGAGGCCGGACGCUCAACCAUCUUGGACCACAUGCAUCUGCGUUGUAAAUGUCACGGGCUCUCUGGAAGCUGCGAGGUCAAGACCUGCUGGUGGGCGCAGCCAGAUUUCCGCACGUUGGGUGACUACCUGAAGGACAAGUACGACAGUGCUUCUGAGAUGGUGGUUGAGAAGCACCGGGAGUCACGGGGUUGGGUGGAGACCCUACGAGUGAAGUACGCCUUCUUUAAGCACCCCACAGAGCGCGACCUGGUUUACUACGAAGGCUCACCCAACUUCUGUGAGCCCAACCCAGAAACGGGAUCGUUCGGGACGCGGGAUCGCGUCUGCAACGUGUCAUCACACGGCAUCGAGGGCUGUGACCUGUUAUGCUGUGGCCGUGGCCAUAACACCCGGACUGAGAAGCGCAAGGAGAAGUGCCACUGUAUCUUCCACUGGUGCUGCUACGUCAGCUGCCAGGAGUGUGUACGUGUUUAUGACGUGCACACGUGCAAAUAAGAGGCCUGUACUUUUAGGACAAACUGAAUGCUGGACUUUCUACCCCAACCCCUUCAUGCUGCACAACUUGAACUUCCCUGCAGAUGUUUACACCUGCUGCAUUUUGGUCAAUAACCCAGUCAUACAAACUCAGGCUGUAAUGUAUGGAGCAAAACCAGGGUCAGGAAACACAAUAAAAAUAGAGGUUGGGGUUGUAGCUAGAUUUCUUAGCCUUAAGUUCACUAAUUAAAGGUAACACUGGAGUUCACCUAGUUUAAAUCUGGGUAACAAGAUUGUCUUCAACUUUGGAGAUAAUAUUCAUUAUAAUUAAACAAUUAUGGACAUACAACAGACCUAUACUUCCUGUUGUCAUUUAGCCUGGCUAGUCACAAUGACUAAAGCAAUACAUACUGUUCAUCAGUCUGGAAAGGAGCGGGUAGAGGCUAAACUAAUGCACAGAUAAAUCAAAACGCAAAGGUAAAAUAUGGCGGGUCUUACAGACUAGGCAGAACAGGUUAGAACCAAUCAGGUUAGAAACAAUCAGAUGUAAAAACU